AGAAUUUAAAAUGUCGUUGGCAGGCAAAGUUGCAAUAAUAACAGGGGCAAGUUCUGGGAUAGGGGCAGCUACAGCGAUUCAUCUAGCUAAGCUUGGUGUCAACUUGGCAAUCACAGGUCGAAAUAUCCAGAACCUUGAAAAAACUGAAGAGAGAUGUCGAGCGAUAGGGGGAGCGGAAGUUUUCGUAAUUCAGGGAGAUGUUUCCAAUGAAACUGAUUGUAAAAACAUUAUUGAUUCAACUGUAAAACAUUUCAAGAAACUGGACAUAUUGGUAAACAAUGCUGGAAUACUUGAAAUGGGGUCUAUAGAGAACACAUCCUUAGAACAGUACGACCGUGUAAUGAACACUAAUGUACGGGCUGUGUACAACCUAACAAUGCUUGCUGUUCCACAUCUUGAAGCUACAAAGGGAAAUAUUGUUAAUGUAUCAAGUGUAAAUGGAAUCCGGUCAUUUCCAGGUGUCCUAGCCUACAAUAUCUCUAAGGCUGCGCUGGACCAACUGACAAGGUAAAUCCAAGUAUAUAUAACUUAGGCAUUAAUAAAUACGUGGAGUUAAGAUUA